AUGUCUUCAACACACAUCGAUGGCAAGACAUCGGCUGCAGCCGCUAUAGUACCCUCUCAAAAGCAACAACAAUUCGACGUCUCAUCCUCAAACACAUCCCUCUCCGAAAAGACCCAACAAGGCGAGGGCGGCACCGGUCAAGACCAAGGCUCCCAAGAACCCGAAGAAACCAUCGAUGUCAAGGGAGAACCCAUCCAUGACUUGGACCACCCAGAGGCGGACUCGGCGACCCCUCCUCCAAUGUUCCACAAACCCCCGCCUCGACAGUUUUUAUUGAUCAUGAUCGCCCUGGCACUAUGUGUGUUCCUCGCCUCGCUCGACCAGAUCAUCGUCUCGACCUCGAUCCCAGCCAUCACCCGCGAAUACAACUCCCUCAACGAUAUCGCCUGGCUCGGCACCUCCUACAUGAUGACCUCCACCGCCUUCCAACCUCUCUACGGCAAGGUCUCAGAUAUCUUUGGACGCAAGCUGACAGUUCUAGCGGUAGCCGGUAUUGGAGCGGGUGGGCUAAUGGCGAUGGUGUUCAUCAUCAUGUCGGACAUGCUUGACAUGCGCGAGCGUGGGAAAUACAUCGGAAUGGUCAGUGGAAUCUUUUCCCUCUCCUCCGUCAUCGGUCCUCUCCUCGGUGGCGCAUUUGCUGACCAUGCCACCUGGCGAUGGUCCUUCUGGAUCAACCUCCCCGUCGGCGCCAUCUCUACCGCCUUUAUUGCAUUCAAUUUGGAUCUCCCCACACCCGAGGGUUCCUUUUCAGAAAAGAUCCAACGAGUGGAUUUCUAUGGAUCGUUCUUGCUCCUUGCGAGUGUCAUGUUGUUGUUGUUGCCGUUGAGUUGGGGUGGAAACAAGUAUGCCUGGAACUCGGGGAUUAUCAUCGGCCUGCUCAUCGCUGGCUUUGCCGUCGCCAUAAUCUUUGUCCUCGUCGAAUGGAAGAUCCCCAAUGAACCUAUCCUCCCAAUCCACCUCUUCAAGAUCCGAAACAUCAAGGCCACCUACUCAUCGGUCUUCUUCAGCGGCAUGGCCUUCUUUGGAAUUAUUUUCUACCUCCCAAUUUACUUCCAGGUCAUUUUGGACGAAUCCGCCACCAUCGGAGGUCUCGAGACCGUCCCCUUUGUCUUUGGCAUCGUCAUCUCGUCUGUCGGAUCUGGGAUCUGGGUGAUGAAGAAGGGGACAUUUGCAUUCUUCCCAGCCGUGGGGAACUUCAUCUUCAUGGGCGCAACGGCCCUCUGUAUCCUCUUCAAAGAAAACACCCCCCGGGUCGUCACAAUCUUUGUCCUCAUGCUCUGCGGUCUCGGCGUCGGUCUCACCUACCAAGCCUACACCGUCGCUGUCCAAUCCGCCGUAAAACCCAAAUACAUGGCCACAGUCACCGCCUCCAUCCAAUUCGUCCGCUCCCUCGGCCAAGUCUUUGGUAUCGCCAUCGUCGGGUCGGUAUUCAACAACAAACUCGAAGAGUCCCUCCUCUCGUCCUUCCCACUCUCCCCCGGCCGGGAGAUUCUCCGUGUGAUGCAGGAUUACAGCUUCAUCAAGACGUACUCGGAACUGGAUCAGGCGGCGAUUUAUGGGAGCUUUGUGCAUGGGAUCCAUUACGCCUUUUAUUGUAGUGUUGCAUUUUGUACAUUAUCGUUCUCGGCGGCUUGUUUUAUUGAGCAUAAGGAGUUGAAGACUAGGAAGGAUAUGGAUAAGCCCGAGAUUACUAUUGACAUGGCCUAA